AAAUAUAACUUUGUAUAACAGUGAAAGAACAGAGAAAGUUGUCUCAGCUGAAGGAAACCUCUGGAUUCUUCUCCCAGGGUUCAAUACAUUCGUUUCUUGUUCUCCAAGGCCUUAAUAUUUUGUUUUCCCUGACAAUUAUUGAGCUUAAAUUCAAUUUUCUGCUUGUCUCUGUGGAGAAUUGGAAUUUCGACUUUGCGAAAAUGGAAGUGAGAAUCGGGCAAAGGGUUUCUCGUGGAAUGCUCCCUCUCCUCGCUCUCCACACCUUCAGCGAGUAUUACCGGUCGGAGAGCAAACCUCCGGUGACCGCCGCCCUCAUCGCCGCCAACACUAUCAUCUAUCUCCGCCCCUCCCUCUUCGAUUCCCUCAUUCCUCCCAUCCAGCAAGUCUGGUUCAACCCUCACCUCAUUCUCAAGCACAAGGACUUGAAACGCUUCCUUCUGUCGCCGUUUUACCACAUCGGCGAACCGCACCUUGUCUACAACAUGCUAUCGCUUCUCUGGAAAGGGUUUCAGCUGGAGACGUCAAUGGGAAGCGUCAAUUUCGCUUCCAUGGUUGCUUCCCUGCUUCUCCUCUCCCAGGGCGUUACCCUAGUCUUAUCUAAAUCCUUGCUUCUCUUAUUCGACUACGACAAACCCUACUAUAACGAAUACGCCGUUGGCUUCUCCGGCGUCCUCUUCGCCAUGAAAGUCGUUCUCAAUUCCCAAUCCAGCGAUUAUUCCUACGUCCACGGAGUUAUAGUUCCCUCUCGUUAUGCCGCUUGGGCCGAAUUGCUUCUCGUUCAGCUUCUCGUGCCGGGUGUCUCGUUUAUUGGGCAUCUUGGUGGCAUUCUCGCAGGGCUUCUUUAUGUCAAAUUGAGGAACACUUAUUCGGGCUCUAAUCCCAUAACAUUGCUCGUCAGAGGGGUAACUGAUUUUUUGAAGUGGCCUUUCAAGUUCUUGCCACGCCGGGGAAGGAUCACCGGAAGGGGAACUGUGGGAAGGGGGACUGUGGGAACUAACAGAGGGUGGAGAUGCCAGACGUGUACGUAUGAUAACGAUUCGGGGUUGCGGAGUGUGUGCGAGAUGUGUGGGACGAAUAGGGGUGUCGAUGGACUCUCUUCUUUUCAGCGGAGUUCCCGUCUUGAUGGGCUUCCUUUGGAUGAGUUGCGCCGCCGGAGACUCGAUAGAUUUGCGAGCAGAUGACGGCCUAUGACGGGGUGAGCCAAAUAUCUGCCACAUAAAUAUGGCGGAAAGUUAUGGCCGACAAAUUUUUACACAUUAUGUGCUUAAAAACAAGGAUGACGAAUUUAUUACAAAUAGCAUAAUAACAAACUAAUAUUGUAACAUUUAUAUAAUUCUUAUGAUUGUCAUGCUAUAAAGUGUUGAACAUAAUUCAUAAAAACAAAAAUAUUUCAUUUACUAAUGUGAGGAUGCAUUUGCUUUGGUUUUG